AUGGAAAAGAAACCCAAAGCAAACGGGAUUCCGCCGGGACAAUCCAACGAUUUACUUUCCCGUCCCGCGCAUGCUUUGACUUAUCACCAAGUGAUCAAGGAAACCAAUGCGAACACCCAGGAUGGACUCACGUCUCAAGAAGCCACCGAACGUUUGGGACAAUACGGUCCCAACCAAUUAGAUGACGGUCCGGGUGUCCAACCCAUCAAGAUUCUGAUCGGACAAGUCGCGAACGCAAUGACUCUAGUCCUCAUUCUUGCUAUGGCCGUCAGUCUUGGUAUAGAAUCAUGGAUCGAAGGUGGCGUAGUCGCCGCCGUUAUCAUCCUCAACAUCGUCGUUGGGUUCAUGCAAGAGUUUCAAGCAGAGAAGACUAUGGAUUCUCUCAGAUCACUUAGCUCCCCAACUGCUAGCACCGUUCGUGACGGGAAGAUCCUUACCGUCCCUACUGCUGAAGUCGUACCCGGAGACAUGGUUGAAUUGAAAACUGGCGAUACUAUCCCUGCCGAUGUCCGUCUAAUCGAAUCCGUAAAUUUUGAAACCGAUGAAGCUCUUCUCACUGGUGAAUCUCUCCCCGUCCGUAAGGACGCCGAAGCCACUUUCCCAGAUGACACCGGCCCAGGAGACCGUCUAAACGUCGCCUACAGCUCCUCAACGGUCACAAAGGGUCGCGCCCGCGGAAUCGUCUUUGCAACAGGAAUGUCUACUGAAAUCGGCUCCAUCGCCGCCGCUCUUCGAAAACGCGAAUCUCGCGUUCGUCCUGUUAAGCGUAAGCCCGAUGGAACCGCAAAGCCACAUAGAUACGCACAAGCAUGGACACUCACUGUAUCUGAUGCCAUCGGAAGGUUUUUGGGAGUCAACGUUGGAACGCCUCUACAAAAGAAACUGUCAAAACUAGCAAUCUUGCUAUUCGGAAUUGCGAUUGUCUGUGCGCUUAUCGUGUUCGGAGCGAAUAAGUUUAGAUCGGAUAGGGAGGUUAUUAUAUACGCAGUUGCUACGGGAUUGUCUAUGAUUCCGGCUUCUCUUAUUGUGGUAUUAACUAUUACUAUGGCCGCUGGGACGAAGAGAAUGGUGGAGAGAAAUGUGAUCGUUCGCAAUUUGAAAUCUCUUGAGGCGCUUGGAGCCGUCACUGAUAUCUGCUCGGACAAAACCGGUACCUUGACGCAAGGCAAGAUGGUCGCCAAAAAGGCCUGGAUUCCCUCUAAAGGAACCUAUUCUGUCAACGUUUCAUCAGAACCCUUUAACCCAGAAGCCGGAAACGUAACCUUCGAUGCCGGAGAACCUCGUAAUAAAAACGCAAUCUCCAAAGAAAACCUUGAAACCAAAUCCCUCCUCUCCAAACCUGAAAAUGCAUCACUAGAAAGCUUCUUAAACGUAGCCUCACUCGCAAAUCUAGCGAUAGUCCAAAAGAGCGGUACCGGCGAAUGGAGCGCCCGAGGAGAUCCAACCGAAAUCGCAAUCCAAGUCUUCGCCUCAAGAUUCGACCAUAACCGUCUAAAACUCACAACGGGGGAUACACCGACAUGGAAGCAACUUGCAGAAUUCCCAUUCGACUCCGACGUAAAAAAGAUGUCCGUAAUCUUCCACAAUAGCGUACAAAACAAAAACUUCGUCUUCACAAAGGGUGCCGUCGAAAGAAUCAUCGACUCCUGUUCGACUAUAACUCUACAAGAUGGCCGCGACCCAACCGAACUCUCAGAACUGAUCAAAAAUGAUAUCCUCGCAAACAUGGAAUCUCUCGCAGCACUAGGACUUCGAGUACUAGCCCUGGCCUCCAAAGAAUACACCCACGAGAUCUCAAAAACCGACGCCGAAAUCGACCGUUCAACAGUCGAAUGUAACCUCCACUUCUGCGGUUUAAUCGGUUUAUACGACCCACCUCGUCCAGAAUCAGCCUCAUCAGUCCGCCAAUGUCACAGAGCAGGUAUAAACGUCCACAUGCUUACUGGGGAUCAUCCCGAAACCGCCAAAGCCAUCGCAGCAGAAGUAGGAAUCAUACCCGCCAGAAUGCAACAAUUUAGUAAAGAUGUCGCGGAUUCUAUGGUCAUGACAGCCAGUACUUUUGAUAAACUCACGGAUGAGGAGAUCGACCAACUCCCAGUACUCCCUCUUGUCAUCGCUCGUUGCGCGCCAGAUACAAAAGUUAGAAUGAUCGAGGCUCUACACCGACGUAAGAAGUUUGUAGCAAUGACCGGCGACGGCGUCAACGACUCCCCCUCCCUCAAACGCGCAGACGUCGGCAUAGCAAUGGGACAAACCGGUUCCGACGUCGCAAAGGAUGCCUCAGACAUCGUCCUAACAGACGAUAACUUCGCCUCAAUCCUCAACGCCGUAGAAGAAGGUCGUCGCAUGUUCGACAACAUCCAAAAGUUCAUUCUCCACCUUCUAGCCGAAAACAUCGCACAAGCCUGUACCCUCCUUAUCGGUCUAGCAUUCAAAGACAGAACUGGAAUUUCAGUAUUCCCGCUUGCACCUGUUGAAAUCAUGUGGGUUAUUAUGAUUACCAGUGGAAUGCCAGAUAUGGGAUUGGGAUUUGAAGUCGCUACACCGGAUAUUCUUAAACGUCCACCACAAAGUCUAAAGGAUGGAGUGUUUACAUGGGAAGUUCUGCUAGACAUGGUAGUAUACGGUCUCUGGGUCGCAACGUUAUGCCUUUCCUCCUUCGUCCUCGUUCUAUAUGGUUUCGGAAACGGGGAUUUGGGCGAUAAUUGCAAUAACCAAUAUUCCGAACAAUGUGACACUGUAUUCCGCGCCAGAGCUACUUGCUUCGCAUGCCUAACCUGGUUCGCAUUAUUUCUAGCCUGGGAGAUGGUCGAUAUGCGAAGAAGUUUCUUUAGAAUGCAACCGGGCUCGACGAGGUAUUUCACACAAUGGGCCAUCGACGUCUGGAGGAACAAAUUCCUAUUCUGGGCGAUCAUCGCCGGAUUCGUUACCAUCUUCCCAACACUCUAUAUCCCAGUUAUCAACCACAAAGUCUUCAAACAUGAGGGGAUAACAUGGGAAUGGGGUAUCGUUAUGGUCGCCGCCGUUUUGUUCUUCUUGGGCAUCGAAUCCUGGAAAUGGGCGAAGAGGGUAUACUUCAGACGUACCGCGAAGAAGAAGGGUGUUACUAGGGGAGAUACUUUGGAGGAUCUUGAAAAUAGGGUCUUUGGAUCGUAUCUUAGUAGCCGAGCGGUCACUGAAGAAUGCAAAGUGUAUGACGACAAGGUAUCUAGCACUGAAGCUGAAUGA